UGUUCAUGCAUACUGCCAGCGCCACCAUAAAGGGGACUCCGGCGUUUUUGGAGGAAUACGUAUACACGACACACGCUCACUUUCAAAGUAGUAUGUUUACGCGCACGGAGCGAAUACCAAAGCAAAUACUCGCAGUACUCACAGUCACAGUCAAUAUCGGAACACGGCCCGAGUCUCUUGAUUCUGCUCGCUCGCGUACCUUCUCGGAUUGCAAACAUGCCAAAAGAAAAAAACAAAAAAUAUCUGCAAAAAUAUGUAAAGUGUUGGGAGACCGAUUCAGCGCUUCAAGGGAUUUCUUCAAAGCUUGCAGAUCAACCGAGGUUUUCAAAGUUUUUUCCUGAAAAAGGUUGGCUAGGGCCUGAUCCAACUGAUACAUGUUCUGCGGUCUGCAAAUAUUGUCGAAUAUCGUUGAAAGCUCACAAAAAGGAUUUGAUGAACCACGCAAAGACAGAAAAACAUAAAAAAGCUGUAUCCUUGGACAAAUCAGCAAAGACAUUCGAACCGUUGACUUCAACAUUUGAGCCAGUUCUGACAGAAGCAACGAAGAUCGCCGAAUUGAAAAUUGCUGCAUUUAUUGCAGAACAUAGUUCACUGCAGACUGUGAAUCACAUGAUCGACAUUCUGCCGCAGCUGGACCCUUCGUCACAUAUAAUUUCGAAUUUGAAACUCCAUCGCACUAAAUGUUCGAUGUUGAUCAAGAACGUCCUCGGGCCUUGUAUGCUCCAAGAACUUAUCCAAGAAAUUGGCGACGGUCCAUACUCACUCAUAAUCGACGAGAGUACUGAUCUUUCAACGCAGAAGGUGUUGUGUAUCAUGUUGCGAUUUUUCUCUUUCGAGAAACGAGAAGUGGUUACAACGUUUUAUCGGUUAAUCAAAUUAAUCGAUGCCGAUGCAAAAAGUGUGCAUAGUGCCAUUAAACUUCAAUUAGAACAAGAUGGUUUAAAAGUUGAAAAUAUGGUCGGCAUUGGCGUUGAUGGAGCGAGUGUGAUGGUUGGAAAACACAACUCAGUUACAGCUUUGUUUAAGCGUGAAAUAGAUGACCUAAUCGUUAUGCCAUGUGUUUGUCACUCACUUCAUUUAUGCGCUGAAAAAGCAUCGGAAAUGUUGCCUCGUCCAUUAGAAUUUUUGGUUCGAGAAACGCAUAAUUGGUUUUCUUACAGCCCCAAACGGUUAGAAAAAUAUAAGCUUUUGUACGAAACAAUUAAUGGUAGUGGAAAACCGAAUAAAAUUCAGGGUCUUAGCGGAACUCGUUGGCUUGCUCGAUCCGAGGCUAUCGAUACCAUCUUAAAUCAGUGGGAAGAAUUGCAAUUCUUAUUUUCAAUUGCAAAAUCAGAAGACAAUUGUCACAUGGCUGCUCAGUUAUACAACAUCAUGAUAAGAUUACCCUACAAAGCUUUUCUUAUUUUUUUAAAAUACGAACUGAAAAGUGUAACGCAAUUAAAUUUGCUUUUUCAAAGUGAUUACGUAGAACCUACGAAAUUACUUGAGGAUCUUUUUUUGAUGUUCAAAAACUUACUGCAAAAGCUCGUUGUACCAUCGAGCUUGCAGAAAUUAACUGACAGUGAAUUGAUCAAUUUCGAUUUUCAAUCUUGUUUAAUGCAUACUUCAGCAAUGUAUUUUGGCUACGAGUUUCACGUCAUUGCUCAAGAUAUUGAACCAACAGAAUUAUUGGAUGUUAAAGAAAGGUGCAAAAAAUUUCUCUGUACUUUGGCUCAAGAGGUUCAAAAAAGAUUGCCGGACAACUUAUCUAUCCUAAAGACGAUGGCCGAUCUUCAUCCUAAAAUCGCAUUAUCGCGAAUGAAACCCAGUUUAACAGGUAUUAUUGCAAAAUUCCAACGCACUCACUUAUACGGCAAUAAGAAUGAGACAGAGUCAGAAUGGAAUCAAUUGCAAAAUAAAUCGUGGCCAAAUACAGUCAAUUCCGUUGAAUUUUAUUCAGCCGUUUUUGUAGAUUAUGAUUCUGCUGGUCAAAAGCGAUUUGAAAACAUUGCCAAAUUUUCAAUGGCUCUACUUACACUUCCGAUUUCAAAUGCAAGUGUCGAACGCGCUUUUUCGACAUACAACGUAAUUAAAAAUAAAUUACGAAAUAAGCUGUCUCUUGAAGUACUGCAAAGUAUUAUGAUGGUACGGUUCACUUUACAAAGACAAUCCGGAUCUUGCGUCAAAUUUGUUCCUUCUGCCCGUAUGCUCGAAAUGUUCAACGUUAGUAUGUACGAUUUCAAAAAUGCAAACAAUACUCAGAAACAAUGUGAUUCAGUCGAUGUUGUCGACGAAAUAUUCGAUAACUACAUUGGCGAAAUAUGAAGACGCGGGAAAAAAAUUCUUACAAUAAAAUGUCAAUUGUUCUCUUA